UGAUGUUUUAAAAAAUCAAUAUGAAGGCCACAACGUGCGGGAGUUCGUGAAAGUUUACCAAGCGUUAUUAGUCAAUGAUGUCGGGGCGUUGUGCACUCGAAUUGAUAGCCAAUAAUACGCCAGGACUGCCACCGCGGCAGUGACAUGAUGGCCAACUGAACGGAAGGAGCGCGCGAGACCAGAAAAAAGCGAGCCAAAAGCACUAAGCAGUCAUCAAGUGAUGGCCUCCUCGACAUCCUCUGCGCGUGUGAACAACAAACCAGCAGCCAACACCACCGCACCCGUUUCCACCUCCUCGUCAGCUCCCGUUUCCGGUUGCGCCUCCACGGUUGCUCCUGCUUCCGCGCCACCAGCUGUCACCCUUAGCGACCUGAUUGGCCAGCAGCUUAAACACCUAAAUGCCGAUGAGCUGCUACACAAAGAUGAGCUGCAGCUACUCCUGCUCCUAACGCCUGUGCAGCGACAGAAAUUGAGCAGAGAUUUGGAGGAUGCCGAACUGGGGGCCAGCACUUCAGCAGCGCCGCUUUCACGUCCCGAAAACGGAGAGGAGGAUGACGAUCUGGCUGGGGCUGUAGGUGGGCUGGGUGUUUCGUCCCCAACCAUGACCAAGGAGCCGCUACUGGAUUUUAGACCACACGUACUCAAAUGGUUUCAACAUCUACGGCACCAAACGGGCCACUUCAAAUCGGAGGAGGAGUCACGUCGCCUGCGAGAGGCUGGCAACGAUUCGUACCGAAAGGAGCGGCAUCCGCUCAAAGCCAGCGAUCUCUUCACGGAGGCCAUAUUUCUUGCUCCGGCCAGGAACACGCUGGCAGCUGCCCUGGCCCAUGCCAACCGCUCCCUGGUGCUCUUUGAUUGCGGCCUUUAUGCGGAAUCCUACGACGACUGCCUGUGCGCCCUGGAUCUGGGCUAUCCGGAGGAGUAUUUGCCAUUGAUUAAGCUGCGUCAAGCCGCCUGUGCCUUAAAACUGCGUAACUUUGCGCUCUGCGAGGAGCAUCUCCACGAGCUCUUGCACAUUGAACUGAACCAGGUGUUCGAAGCGAGGACCCAUGAGCUCUGGCACCAGUGCGAGGUGCUCAAGGUGGAGCGCUUCGAGAUGGCCGUACAAACGGGCGAUGAUUUGGAUACCAACGAUUCGAAAGCUUUUGAAAUAGCCUGGUUGGACAACUCGUCGUCGCUGCACACUACUCGGGCAGUGGCCAAAAACGCGCUCAUCUUUGAAUCCGAGGCAGUGGCCAUGGUUCCCAGUGGCAAUUGCCGGGUGUGCGACUAUUGCGGGAUCACCCAGUUUAUUCCCUUUCCCUGCAUUUACUGUUCCAACCGACUGGUGGUCUAUUGUUCCCGUCAGUGCCGCUUCAAGCACGCUGCGAUCCAUGCGGUGGAGUGCUUCGGCCACCAGAUCGAGUUGUUCGAGUCCUUUGGCGAGGUCUUCGGGGUACCGCGACUCCUACAGCUGGCCCUCCGGAUGCUGAUCACAGGUCUGCCAGAGAUGCUAGGCCAUUGCCGAAAGAAGCCAACUUUGAGCAAGCUGUGGUCGGCUAUCAAUGGAGGACUCCAGGAGCGACAGGACAUCGCCUACAGUGCCGUGCUGAGGCUGGAGCGAUUGAGGGAGGAACGACCCUCGGACACGGUUAUCGCGUUAGCCCUAUCAGCUCACAUUAUGUCCAUUUACCUGAGCAAGUGUACUACUUUCUUCGAGCAGCUGGAGAAGAGCCUGCCAACGGCGUCUAGAAUGUCGAAUGCCGAAUGGGAACUAUUGUGUGCCGCCCUGCUAAUGCGACACAUAGGCCAAUUGCGCCAUAGAUCGCUCACCGCUUGCCGUUCUUUUGUCCUGCCCGCUGAUCCGCACGUCUUCUCGCCACUCAACGAAUUCCAAUUGUGGGCCGCACCCAUGCGUCUCCAAGAGGGCCACCUUCAUCUGCUGACUGGCGAGGUGGCAGUAGUCUCGUACUCUGUCUACCCGGAAACCCUCAGUUUGUGUCGUCACAGUUGUUCCUCCACGAUCUGCGCGAAGUUCUCCGGGCGUAAGAUGACGGCGUUGGCACUUUUAGACCUGCCGGCGGGCUCCGGCAUCUAUAACUGCUUCGCCGGAGGCAACUUUCAGCAACUACCGCGGGAGGAGCGUAGCAAACAGCUCCAGGAGCGUGGCAUCAGGUGCCACUGCAACUCCUGCCAGAUAUCACACUCGGAAGAUCAGUUCCACAAGUUUCAUCGCUACCGUUGUGAUAAUCCAAAGUGCGCAGAAAUCUUCACACCCAAAGCCCUGCCGCAUGCCCCAAAUCUGCGCUGGUGGCUAUCCGAAGAGUACACCCAGCCGGAGUUCAAUGGCGCCGAGCUAAUCGUGUGUCCCCAUUGUGAGGAGUCUCAGAAACUGGAAUGGUUCUGGGCAUUCACCACGUCGCUGAUCGACUGUGAGUUAAUCGAGGAACGCUGCAAGCUGUACGCGGCUAUUGAACGCGCUGAGAACCAACUGAUGGAUAUGCAUGAGUGCAAAGUGGCUCUGGCCAGGCUUCUCCUAGAGCAGUGCCUCAUGGUACAUCGUGAGGGGGCCACAGUUCUGGACGACUGGGAGUUCAACAAACUGGGGUCCAUCCUGCGUGCUGUACUGCCCAGCGUGAUGGCACAGUACGGAGGACAGUCGAUUGAAUAUGUUAAGUACUUUUCCUACUUCUGGGAUGUAAUGGCGCUGAGCAACUACAAGUGCAACGAUAGAGAGCUAAUGCAAAUGUUAAACGCUUUGGAGUUCAUUGCCGAUGAGUUCAAGGAUAUAUUCAUCAACUACUACGAAGAUUAUAUUGCGCCCAAAUUUGCUGAAGAGUCCUAUGGCAGUGUCGUAGAUACGCAAGUUUAGUAAAGAAAUCGAAACAAUGAAACGAGAAAAGUUAAAUAAACUUAGAUAUAUUUUACUCUGUAGCGAAAUGAAAAGAAAAGACCCACAAAAAAGUCUAGGAAAAUUCUGUUGUUGACCCAUACAAAACGAAAACCGUAAAAAUGCAUAUAUACUUUGUGCUAUUAUUAAAAAAAAUGGUGCUGAGAUAUUAAAUUGUACGAAACGAAUGUUACAUUCAUUUAGGUAAUUAAGUCAAAGCAAAUAGCGUGCGAGAGAAAUCAAAACGAUCAUAUUAGUAGAGAGUCAUAUCAUGCACACAUUAUGUUCAUAUCACACCUAGGAAAUUUUUAAUUAACUGAUUGAUUAUAUAGCAAAUGACUUUUUCAUUUUGCAUUGCGAGCAAUAUUUAUGAAUUAACAAAGCUACAAGUGCAACCCACUGGCACUGGUCCACUAUAUUAUAAUCCUUAUUUAAAAUCUCUUAAAUUUAGUGAAUAAUUUGAAACAUAAAUACUCGAUAAUCUAUACAGUGGGCCGUGCCAGAAUGGGAAACUUAAUCGGUAGAUAGGCCGAAGCUAAUCUAAGUCUAAGCAUUAAUUUAGCUUCUGAGAAGCUUCUACCUACUUAAGUGUAGUCACUGAUCUCGAUUGUUUGCCAGAAACACGACAAAUUGUUUUAUCCACACCAAAAACACCAAACCCUUACUCAAUCACUUACAUAUGUAUUUGCUUGCCAUCGGGCAGCCUGACUGUAAGCUUUUAAUGCUUAAAAAUCAGAUAGGAAUCAAACGCAAUCACUGCAGAAACAAAAUAACAACAACAAAUGAACAAUUUAAAUUAAUUAAUAUUCGAAUUAUAUGAACGAACAAGUGUUUUUCAAACCUCGCCUUAAUUUUUUAAAGUGUUUUGAAAUACGGUAAAGAUAAAAGAUAACGAGGACAUUCAACCAUAACAAAUCGAAAACGAAGACAACACGCACUGAUAAAGCAUAGGCCAGGCAAAAUUCACACCGACACGCCCACACACACGGACACUCAAUCAGACACGCAAAUCUAUAUAAAUAAAUAAAUACAAAUUACAAACAAGAUACUCAAACAACUUCUAGCAGCUAUAAACAAAUGCAAUAAAUUCUUUUUAAC